AUGGUCAAUCUCGAUACUUCUCAAAGUCAUUCGGCUAUUUUUAUUAUUUUGCUUACAUUAACUAUCUUAUCAAUUAUAUGUUCACUUGUUAUUUUUUAUCAUUUUAUUCGAUUACGUGAACUACGACGAAAUGUUCAUAAUCAUGUAAUUCUUAUUUUAUUAAUCAUCAGUUUUAUACAAGUCACAGGUGAGCUUCCAUUAACUCUGAUCUUCUUACGAACUGGUUCAGCUGCAAUUUUAUCGUAUAAAUUUUGUGAAUUUUGGAUUAUUUUUAAUUAUGUAUGUUUCACCAGUGAAUGUUGGACAAUGGCUAUAGCAAGUAUUGAACGAUAUUGGCUUGUAUUUCAUCGAAAAUUUUUCGAUAAAUACAUUCUCGUUUUUCAUUAUAUUCCAAUAAUAAUGUGUAUUCUCUAUCCAUUAGUACUUUAUAUUUGUUUAAUUACUCAAUAUACAUGUAAAAAUAAUUUCAAUUUUACAUUUUGGACAUGUGGAGGUGCAUGCUAUCUUUAUGAACCUAUACUUGGCACAUUCGAUUGGAUAGUGAAUAGUUGCUUUGAUGUAGUAUUGAGUAUUAUUGCGACAUGUAUAAUUAUUAUUCGUGUUUUAUUUCAAAAUCGACAAACAGGUGCUCAACGAACAGUGUGGCAACGUCGACGACGCAUAGUUAUGCAAUUGGUUGCUCUGUCAACACUUUAUAUGAUUGUAUGGGCACCUUGUGUUAUUUGCUUUGUUAUAACACUUUUUACACCAGUACCAUUCUUAUCUGCAUUUUAUUCAGCUUAUCUUAGCUAUUAUCAAUAUAUAUCAUGUCUUCUAUGUCCAUUUGCCUGUCUUUUAGGCUCAUCGGACAUACGAGAAGCUUUUAAACUUAAUCGAUUUGUUCAACCAUCGGUAAAUAUUGUGCAACCAGCUAUACUUCGUCUUCAAUAUUAA